AAUGUCCCGUAGAUAAAUAUUCUUUUUAGAUAUUUCUUUGUGGCGGUGUGACCGCCCAAUGGUCAAAGAACACGGAAUAUUUUACCUGGGGGAUGGAGGGCAAGUUAUUUUGGAUUUAUCUCACAUACAUUUCUUUCACCAAUUCCGUUCGAAGGAGGGAUGGGAUCAUGGGCCCUCUCGAGCCCCCCCUUCCCCCCCCUAGGAUCUGCCUCAGUUUUUUUUCCUCGUAGCUUGGAGUUGAAAUACAUAUUAUUUUAGCUUACAGUGACAGCUUUUUUUCUUUAGCCGGUUAUACGCGCGUGAUUACAUUUUCACUUCCGCCUUAAUCUCACUUGAUAAAUCUCAUGACCGAGCCUUACUAGAAAUGGGCUGAGUAUCGAAAUCUAUAAAUCUCUUCCUGUUUAAAACUUGAGUUCUUUUAUCCGCCGACAUUAUUAACUGAAAGAAACCUGCUUUCUAUGGCCUCUAACCUGUAAAAGACUGGGUAAAGGAGGACCACAUUCAGUCUAGUCAUUGAAAACUCGCUAUUUGUCAACAUUAUCCGCCCAGCAGUGUGCGAUAAAAUUAAAUAUAUAUGAGACCGAUAUAACUGAAGAUGAAUUAACCUGUGAGCGCGAACCAGUGACGAGCCUUUAUUUAAUGGUCAGCGUCACUGUUCUCUCCCAUUGGCCAGGUAGGCUGAAUUAUCUCCGUCCAUUGGCCAGUCACUGAGAUUUGUUAAUUGCUCAGCGCGGUCUGCGUCAUUGAGAUAUCAGAUACUAAAGUCUAUUAGGUUUUCCUUCAACCUCACUCAGAAUCAUACACAGUCAUCUGUACACAUCUGCUGCAAAGAAUUAAGCUCUGAGCUCAGGAAUCUGCUAGCAUUGUGCUAAACUCCACUGCCUUAACAUGUCAUUCACGACGAGAGAACCGAACACCACAAUGGCGCCCUCGGAGAACUUCAAGUCCAACCAAUCAGCAUUUGUCAUGUGUACAUUCUUCCCUCCAGACAGCGAGACCGUCAGAAUCAUAAAGAUCGUCGCCUUGUGCCUUAUCAUGGCGCUUGCAAUCGUUGGCAACAUCUUAAUCAUCAUCGUCAUCUCGAAAACUAAAAUCCUGCGCCGGACUGUAAACCUGUUCAUCUUAAACAUGGCCGUCUCUGACGUCAUUAUGCCAACUCUCCUCAUGCCCCAAGAGCUCAUCACGGUCAUCACGGGAUCAAACGACUGGCGAGUGCCUGGAGUAGCGGGGGAGCUGUUGUGCAAGAUGGUUAUAUUCUUGGGCGAUAGCUCUAGUGCGGUGUCCGUAUUAAGCAUGGUUUGCAUCGCGGUGGAUAGGUUUUGUGCCGUGGUGCUACCCAUGAAGAGAAACCUCGUGACAGGCAAGCUACGUACCGUGGCUCUUACUAUGACAUGGGUCCUCGCCUUCAUGUACACUUCGCCGAAUCUCUACACCGCAAGGCUGCAGAAAUACGGCACUUCGUACAAGUGUCUAACAGUCUGGGCGCCGCUUGAUCAUUAUACCAGCGCUACCGUCCACGUGGUGGUCAUGGUUGUUCUGUUUAUGUUCAUACCAUGGCUCCUUGUAGCUACACUUUAUCUUGUCAUGGUCUCCGAGAUAAGGAAGUCAAAACGCGAGGUCGCACAAAGGUCGCGACAGCGUAACCGCGAUCUGCGCGUCCUAAAACUCGCGUUGACCAUCACUGCAGCGUUCGCCGUCUGCAACUUUCCGAUUUGCGCUUUGUAUUUGCUCAUUGCGUUCAAGUAUCAGUGGAACACUUGUUUCCUACCAGAGGUCUGGGGACCACUAUUCAACACGGCUAAGUAUCUUGUCCUUGCGAGUACUUGCCUCAAUCCGUGCAUUUGUUUCGCGUUUAGCGAGAAUUUUAGGAAGGGUUUGCGCGAGUUGACGCGUGCGCAGAGGUCGUUCAUAACGACGAUAGUGACGCACAGCAGGCGUGCGAACUCGACGGCGUUUUCCCAUAUAGAGGGCGAACACGAGAUGCUGUAUGAGAUGAAAGAGAACGGGAUAACAGAGAACGGGAAUAAAAACGCAAUUGACUACAGUCCUUCACAAUCACUUCGUGAGUAGACGCGAAAUGGAUAAACAGAGAGAAAACAGGGACAUGUCUUUACUCUGUACACCAGUUCGCUGUGCGGUUAGACGAACCCUUCUCUGUAACCGCUCCGCUAUGUGUGGUUAUACGAAUUCUACUCUGUAACCGCUCGCUGUGUGGUUAGACGAGAUGCAGGAUGACGAGGACAGAGAAAACUGUCGGGAUAAAAAUGCGGACAGCUAAGGUACAUGCGUGAACAAAAUAGACUGAACAUAUUGGCCAUUCUGCAUCGAGCCAAGAAGAACAGCUAUAGACUCAGUGUGUUUGGAGGUGUGUGAACAACAGAAAAUAGAAAUGAUGGUACAAUGUCCUGGGAAUUUAUACACAUAUUUCAUCAAAAACUUUUCGCAGAUUUCCUCAAUAGUUCAGCGAACUGGCUGGAAUAGGGAACUGUUAAGCAAAAGUUGCAUAUACAAGUGACCAUUACUAAACACAAUAUAAUGCAUAAGAAUAACAAAAGCAGAAAUGAAAUUAUGAUUCGAAACAAAUCUUACAACCCUCCCAUGUACUAUCGAUUUGGCCCUUCGCACCCAAAACAGGGGCGUAGCCAGGGGGUGGCCUAGGGGGCCCAAGAGGGUGAAGUCAAAUUGUAUAGCCCACUUAGGAGUGUACACACUGAGUAACAAAAUACAGUCGGAGAGGGUGACAGGUAAGCAAGAACAAACCGGUCGAAAUACAGUUUACAGUAAAGUCAUAACAACAAGUCAUCAUCGAAAUACUGAUUAAAAUAACUAAACAAAUAAAAAAGACUGUUUUAUGCGACUCAUAAA